AGCCCCACGAGUAGUUUGUAUCUCUUUCAAAACACAAACAAGAUCUUCUCUUUCUGAUCCUUCUAUCUAUCUAUCUAUCUAUCUAUCUAUCUAUCUACAAAACUUUCUAAAGUCACGAGUCAAUUCAGCAAGGUUAUUACGUUUCGAGGCAAACACAAAGGUUACGUACAAGGAAAUUAUACUAAAGACAUGGGAGCUUGCGGUUCACGUGAAUCUGGGAGAACGGAGACGGCGAAGCUGAUAUUACCAGACGGAACGUUACAAGAGUUCUCAACGCCGGUGAAAGUAUGGCAGAUUCUUCAAAAGAAUCCUACGAGCUUCGUUUGUAACUCAGACGAUAUGGACUUCGACGACGCCGUUUUAGCGGUUGCUGGUAGCGAGGAUCUUCGACCAGGAGAGUUAUACUUUGUCUUACCCUUGACAUGGCUUAAUCAUCCGUUAAGAGCUGAAGAAAUGGCAGCUUUAGCGGUUAAAGCUAGCUCCGCGCUUGCUAAAAACGGUGGAGGCGGUUCGAGUUAUAACGGUGAAGAUGUUGUUGGUGAGUGUAGAGUAAAGAGAGUAAAGAGAAAUAGCUGCGGCGGAAGAGGAUGUGGUGGUGGUGGUAAAGGGAGGAGGAAGUUUACGGUUGAGUUGAGUUCCAUAGCUGAGUAGCUAGGGAGGGGGUAAAUUUGGUUAGUUAAAUGUGUAAAAAUUUGUAAUUAUAAACUUUGACCUUUUCUUCUUUUUACCUUAAAGAGAUAUAAAGUUGAUUUCGCUAUUUAAUCCACAACUACAUAGAAAUAGCCAAAUUUGAGA